AUGGAGUUAUUAUCACAAAGUCUUAAAGAUCUUAUUGAAAUGAAAUCAGAAAUAUUUGAGAGAGAAAUCAAUGAACCGAUGGAUUGUAUCGAGUAUUACAUUACAAGUCAUAUAAUGCUAGAGAUGUGUGAAUGCGUUGAAUAUCUGCAUACAAGACAACCACCAGUUAUUCAUCGCGAUCUCAAACCCGGAAAUAUACUCAUCAAUGAUAAGCCAUUAGAUAAUCGUUUCCUUAAACUGUGUGACUUUGGUUUGGCCACUGAUCACAAUCGUUAUGGCACUGAAUCGGAAUUACACACUAAUAAUGUUAAAACUCAUAAAUAUAUUGCACCCGAAGUUUUUGGUAAUAAUAAUAAUAAUGGUUCGGAUAGAUUGGCAUAUAAUGAGAAAAGUGAUAUCUAUAGUAUGGGUUAUAUACUAUUGGACUUAUUUGAUGUCAACAGAGAUAAUGAUUUUGAGUAA